UCAUUUUUUUUGGGGUGAGGAAUGAUGAUGAUGAAGCUCAAGCGCUGUGAAACACACAAUGGGUUUUGUGGAUGAGACUGUCUCAAUGAUUUUUGCUCUAUCGGAUUUGGUCUCAAAUUCCCACCUCCAAAUGCUCAUCCACUUUCUUCAAUCUCUCUAUUUCUUUUAGUUUGUGACUUAUGUAGAGCUUUAUAUGAACCCCACCAAAUUUGUCUUCUUGCUCUUUCAUUCUUAUAAGCCUUUUAGUUUUUCUUUUUCCAUUUCAUUCUGUUUAUCUUUAACUGUUAAGGCUCUCUCUCACUCCUACUAGUUCCUCUGCAUGCACUCUGUUGCAUAAUCUUGGAACAGAAGAUAUUUUUUCUGAAGCAAAGCAUUAACUUUAAUCCAUAAAACAUGGGGGAGAUCACAAACGUGAGUGAGUAUGAGGCUAUUGCAAAGCAAAAACUGCCCAAGAUGGUUUUUGAUUACUAUGCAUCAGGAGCAGAAGACCAGUGGACUCUGAGUGAGAACAGAAAUGCUUUCUCAAGAAUUCUGUUUCGACCCCGCAUUCUUAUUGAUGUAAGCAAAAUAGACAUGGCCACUACUGUGUUGGGCUUCAAAAUAUCAAUGCCAAUUAUGAUUGCUCCAACAGCCAUGCAGAAAAUGGCUCAUCCUGAAGGUGAGUAUGCAACUGCAAGAGCUGCAUCAGCUGCUGGGACAAUUAUGACUUUGUCCUCAUGGGCUACUUCCAGUGUUGAAGAAGUUGCCUCAACUGGACCUGGAAUCCGCUUUUUCCAGCUCUAUGUCUACAAGGACAGGCAUGUAGUUGCUCAGCUUGUGAGAAGAGCAGAAAGGGCUGGAUUCAAGGCUAUUGCCCUUACUGUUGACACUCCAAGGCUCGGUCGCAGAGAAGCUGACAUCAAAAACAGAUUCACUCUGCCACCAUUUCUGGCAUUGAAGAAUUUUGAAGGUUUGGACCUUGGCAAGAUGGACAAAGCUGAUGAUUCUGGUCUUGCUUCUUAUGUUGCUGGUCAAAUUGACCGCUCUCUAAGCUGGAAGGAUGUGAAGUGGCUCCAGACAAUUACUUCACUGCCAAUUCUUGUGAAGGGUGUUCUUACUGCUGAGGACACAAGGCUAGCUAUACAAGCUGGAGCAGCUGGUAUUAUUGUUUCCAACCACGGAGCUCGCCAACUUGACUAUGUUCCUGCAACUAUCCUGGCACUAGAAGAGGUUGUUAAAGCUGCACAAGGACGUGUUCCUGUAUUUUUGGAUGGUGGUGUUCGUCGUGGAACAGAUGUCUUUAAAGCAUUGGCACUAGGCGCCUCUGGAAUAUUUAUUGGACGCCCUGUGGUGUACUCCUUGGCUGCUGAAGGAGAGGCUGGUGUGAGAAAGGUACUCCAAAUGCUGCGUGAGGAGUUCGAGCUAACCAUGGCAUUGAGUGGCUGCCGUUCGCUCAAAGAAAUUACACGGAACCACAUCGUGACUGAAUGGGACCAGCCUCAUCCUCGUCCAGCGCCCAGGCUAUAGACAACAUGCCUUGGGAUACAAGCAACUGCCAAUCAUAGCUGUGAUAUUGAAAAAGAUUGUGUUUUCAUGUUAUCAAUAACAGGCUGCCUUUCUUUGGAGAAACUCAUUUCUGCUUCAUUGAGUCCUUUUAGAAAUAUUUUGGAAGUAUCUAAACUUUCUGUUCCAAUAAUUGAUGUUUUAUAUUUUUAUGGCUACUGCUGCUUUCACUGUAUAUUCUUUCUAUAAAACAUAAAAUUUUUAUAGGUA